CGGCUCUAGUUUACUCCCGGAGUGAUUUCAUCAAUGGUAGCAAAGUGUCAUCAUACAAGCUAGCAUGCCGCUAGUCAGUUUAGCGAACUGUCUCUAAUAUUGUUUUAUUAUUUCACUAAAAGUUAUUACCACGUAUCGGUGAAGGUCUUUACAUAUUAAAAUAGCAUCACGAUAUUUUGUAUCUCGGUUGAGGCUGUUGAACUUUUCAGGAUUAAGAACUCUUGGUUAGCUAGCUCGUAAACAGUUGACUGUACAGCACUGUCAUUUGGGUGACAAGCGUGUUGCUGCUGAAUAAACCAGCUGACGUUAUCGAAUAGGUGUAUAACAGCAGAUGGAGCUGCAGGCGGUAUUGAUGGCUGCUGGUGGUGGGUCUCGUAUGAUGGACCUAACCUACAACACCCCCAAACCUCUGCUACCUGUAGGAAACAAGCCCCUCAUCUGGUACCCCCUCAACCUGCUGGAGAGAGUGGGGUUUGAAGAGGUAAUUGUUAUCACAACCAAAGAGGUGCAGAAGAUGAUCAGCACAGACCCCAAGGUGAAGCUGGAUGUGAAGAUGAAGUUAGACUUGGUGUGUAUCCAGGAGGAUGCUGACAUGGGCACCGCCGACGCCCUCAGGCACAUCCAGCAGAAAGUCAAGACGGACGUCUUGGUGGUGAGCUGUGACCUGAUAACGGACGCUGCCCUCCACGAGGUGGUCGACCUGUUCCGAGCCCACAACGCUACCCUCUCCAUGCUGAUGAGCAAAGCCCACGAGUUCACCGAGACUGUUCCCGGACAGAAGGGCAAGAAAAAAACCGGGGAGCAAAGGGACUUUGUCGGGGUGGAUGGUACAGGAAAGAGGCUCCUCUUUAUGGCCAACGAGGCCGACCUGGACGAAGGUGUGGUCAUCAGGAAGUCCAUCAUGAGAAAACAUCCAAGGAUGCACAUCAAAACUGGCCUUGUGGACGCCCACCUGUACUGCCUGAAGAAGUCUGUGGUCGACUUCCUCGCUGAUAACAAAUCAAUCUCUUCGAUUCGGGGAGAGUUAGUCCCAUAUCUGGUCCGCAAACAGUUCUCUAAAUCCACCAACUCUCCGAAGGUCAUCGAUGAAACUCAUCAGAACCUAAAGAAAAACGAUAGUAAUGUAAACUUAGAGAUCCAGAUCUCAUCCAGGGAUGAGGAGCUGCUGCAUCUAACCCAGGAGAGGUCCUGUUGGAAUGACCACCGUGGGGACAUGAGCGAUGCCUACCACGGAGGACGCCUGCGCUGCUACGUGCACAUCAUGGACGAGGGAAUAUGUUACCGAGUCAACACGCUAGCGGCCUACAUCGAAGCCAAUCGCCUGGCCCCUAAGCUGUUUGACGAGCCUGCAGUCCAUCCAUCAGCAGUGGUCUCUGAGCGUUGUCUGAUUGGUGCAGACAGCAUAAUAGGAGCUUCCUGUCAGAUCUCAGACAAGACAUCCAUCAAGAGAUCGACGAUCGGAGUGUCCACCACUGUCAGGGAGAAGGUCAAAGUAACCAACUCCAUCAUCAUGCAUGGAGUCACCAUCGAGGAGGGGUGUAACAUCCAGGGCAGUGUGAUCUGCAGUAAUGCUGUGAUUGGCCGAGGUGCAGACAUCAAAUACUGCCUGGUGGGGAGUGCCCAGCGCAUAGAGCCAGAUGCUGAAAGGACUAACGAGGUGAUCGUUGGAACUGACCAGCUGAUGGAGAUCUAGACAAGGGGGAAGACUGACCGAUGGGAACAACGCCUUAUUGACCGAUCCAACAGACCAGAGCAGUGAGGCAAACUAACUGACCACCAGGCAGUUCCACACAUCACCCCACCAUCUCCAUUGUCUUUUUUUUUACAUUGUGUCCAAAUAAAAGCAAUUUUAUUUAUCCCAAG